AUGUCGAGAGGGAGAGAGAGACUGGAGACGGCCAAAACGUCAGAAGAAUUGGGAACUCUUUUGGGAAAGUGCCAGGGGGUGCGCGAGACCAAGAGGAAAUUAAAGUGGGAAAGUGCGCGCGCGUGGGUAGCUUUCCUGGUCCAGAGAGAAGCAGGGGCCAACGACAGAGGGAAGGAACGGCGCAGGCAGCAAAGUACAACAUCUGCUGGAAAGGGAAGGGGGUCAGUCAAAAAGGGAAAGAGCAGUGAAGCACAGGCCCCAUGUCGCUUCACUUUGCCCAGGUGCCGCUGUCUGUGCCAAUCGAACCAGAAGGGGCGCGCUGCCGACGCGUAG